AUGGUUGGAGGCCGCAAGAAGCCCCUCAUAGAGAAGUGGGUGGUUGUCAAGAUUAGGGUCCCAGUCAAGUUGGUCGCCGCCGGGGCCAGGCAUAGCUUGCUGCUUACGGACACUGGCAGACUCUAUGCCAUGGGCGACAACACGCAUGGCCAACUUGGUCUUGAAUCGAAACACGCCUCCUACGUGGACACGCCUCGCUCCGUGGAGGGUCCUCUCGGUGAUGAGGAGGUGCAGGUAAAGCUGAUUGCAGCCGGCGACAGCUUCACCAUGGCUGUUACGGAGGACGACCGCUUGUAUGCCUGGGGCGCCAAUGCGAACGGUCAACUGGGGCUGGGGAAGCUCUCGGACCAGGUCGUCCCUCAAGAGGUGCCACAGCUCUGUGGGGUGAAAGUCUGCGCCAUCAAUUGUGGAGCCUGUCAUUCUCUCGCCAUCACAGACGGAGGAUCGAAGGUUUGGGCCUGGGGCAGCAAUGUUCACGGACAGCUUGGCCUCGGAAUGAACGGCGAGGGCUCCCAGCGUGUGCGCCCCUCCUUGGUGCCGGCGUUGAGCAACCGACGGGGCAUGCUGGUUUGCCAGGCUUCGGCGGCGUCGAACCACUCGCUGGUGUUAACCACCACAGGUGAAGUGUAUGCCUUCGGAGAGAACGGUCAUGGUCAGCUUGGCUUUCCGACGGUCAAGAGCAAUACCGACGCGCAGACGCAGCACGACAACGGAGACCCCCUGUCGCAGCAUCAGAUGCUCCAGCUGCAAUCCAUGCGAGAGCGGGCAAAGGCGCGCAACAAAGUCGAAAUGGACCAGCCCAAGCUCUACGAGAAUGGCGUUGCGACGCUGUGGCUACCGACCCGAGUCGUCACGCUGUCGCAGUAUCGAGUUAGGGCUGUGGCCACGGGAGACAUGCACACCUUGACCAUCGCGGAGCAUCACCAUGGUUAG